AUGGGUGUCCAUCAUGUCUCAGACAAAGAGGACUUCGAGGGUCAACUGGCUGAAGCAGGGUCCAAGUUGGUAGUGGUGGACUUCUUUGCCACGUGGUGUGAUCCCUGCAAAAUGAUAUCUCCAGUGCUCGACAAACUGAGCGAAGAGUUGGUAGCAGAUGUGAUGUUCCUGAAGGUGGAUGUGGACGAGAAUGAAGACAUAGCCACCCGCCAUGAGGUUACAGUUAAACCCACAUUCUUGCUCUUUAGACGUGGACAAAAAGUGGACCAGUGUUCCGGCGCUAAUGAGUCUAAACUCCGCGAACUCAUCACCAAAUAUAAGUAA